AUGGGUUCAUCUGCAUCUAAUAACGUUAUUCAGACCCAUGCGGAUCAGAAUGCAGAGAUAUCCAUCAUUCCCAUGAAACCGGCACAGUACCAGGCUGCAGUCGUAGGCGACAUCGGUUAUUUUCGGGCGAUUGGAGACGGCCUAGGCCGUUUACUUACUCGGAAAAAGAACACAGUCCUCCAUAUCCAUAUCACAUCUAUGAAGGAUGCCAGUGAUGCCCGUGAUACCAGUGAAGCAAUCAAUUUUGUGACAGAGAUAGUUGCAAAAUGUUCGAAACUACUGCGGCAGUCCAAUGAAAAAGGAGAGGCUCCCCUGCACAUAGCAGCAAGAUAUGGGCAUGCUUUAAUAGUGCAGACACUCAUCGAACUUGCAAGAGAUCUUGAGAGUGGUGUGGAAGCAGCCAGGGAGUUGCUGGAGAUGCCCAAUCAAUAUAAAGACACAGCUUUGCAUGAAGCUGUCCGAUCUCAGCAUCUCAAUGUGGUGGAGAUACUGAUUAGGGAAGGCCCUGGUUGUGUAUAUUCUGCUAAUGUUGCAGGCGAAACUCCACUUUACAUGGCUGCUGAGAGAGGAUACCGGAAAAUAAUGUUGGAGAUGUUAACGAAGUGGACGUCACCGGCUUUUGAUGGUCCCAAUGGCAGAACCGUUUUGCAUGCAGUCACAAUAAGAAAGGAUGAAGAAAUGAUACAAAAAAUUCUGGAGAAAGAGAAAGAUCUUAUGGAGAGCGCAGAUGAAUUAGGUUGGAAAGCGAAAGCUCUUAUGGAGAAAGCAGAUAAAUUAGGUUGGACUCCUGUACAUUAUGCUGCAUUCAUGGGCUAUCUUCCUGCAAUAAAUCAUUUUGUAGCAUUUGGUAAAGAUGUGGAUGCAGCCUACUUGCAAAAUAAAGAAGGCAACACCGCUCUUCAUCUUGCAGUUGCUUCAGGUCAUACCAAGAUUGUGUUGGAAAUUUUAAAAUGGCGUCCGGAUUGCUGCGAAAUAGUUAACAACAAAGGCUGGAAUAUUUUGCACUGUGCCCUGCAUGCCAAUAAUUUUGAAGAGACGGUUAUUUCAAUCCUUCAAAAUCGUGCACUUAGAAACCUCAUAAAUGAAAAGGAUGAUGAUGGGAACACACCACUCCAUCACAUUGCCAUGUCACUUAACUGGGAGCAGGCCAACCAGUUCAUCGAUCAUCCUCGAAUGGAUAAGAUGGCAUUCAACAAUGAAAACCGUAAUGCCCUGGACAUUGCUUUAAGUAGUAAAGAGGUUGCACUACUGAAGAAACCUGUUACACUACGCUUGCGACAAAAAGGCCUAAUCCCAGGUCUGCGAUUAUAUAUGCCCACAAAUAAUGUUGGAGAGAAAGAAAACGAAAGGGAUGAGGAUGGAUCCUUAGUUACUUCUGAGAUUGAUAGAUUUAAGGAAACUAAUUUGAUUGUGGCUAUACUUAUUGCAACGGUAACCUUCACAGCUGGUUUUACUGUACCCGGAGGUUAUGUGAGCGAAGGACCACUAAAGGGCACACCAAUACUUGGAGAAAGUUCAGCAUUCAAGGCAUUUAUGAUAACAGACACCAUAGCCAUGCUUCUCUCUAGCUGUGCUGUCUUUCUCCACCUUUUUUUGUGCUUGAUACAAGAUAACACAAGGACCGCACCGUACCUUAUUGCAGCCUUUUUUCUCAUAGCCUUUGCUAUGGCAGCAUUGAUGGUUGCAUUUCUAACAGGCACUUAUGCUAUGUUAAAAUAUUCCAAUUCGGUUGCCGUUGUUACUACUGUUAUUGGAUCGUCUUUUUUCCUUCUGUUUUACAAAUUAUUCAGGAAAAUUUGA